AGGAACCACUGACCCGACAGCUCGGGUACAACUAAGAUGGCAGAUGAACAGCGAAAGCGACUGUCGUUUAGAAAUCCUUCACAUCAAUCACAGGAAGUAUGGAAACUUUAUGAUUGCAUCUUGAUUUCGAAACCACCUGGAUCUGUUAUAAAUGCCAAUUCGGUAGAGAUUCCUGAGCUCAAGUUAUUAUGGGAGUUGACUGGAGAUUCUUCAGAAGUUUUAAGCAGAUUGUGUUGUAAUUGCUUGGUACAGCUAGUUGUUGAUGACCAUGCUGAAUUUGAAUAUAUCAUAAGAGGACUAUUAAGUGUGGCUCCAUCUGCAAGAAAUCUGAGUGGUAUAUCAAAAGCCUUGAGUUGUUUGCUGACCUUUCAAGUUUAUAAGUGUACUACAGCUGGUAUGGAAUAUAUAUGCCCCUUUUCUUUAAGGGCCUCUCCCCACCCAUUCAUUACACUAGUGAUAAGUUGUCCUGAAAGUGCAACAAUCCUGAUCCAAGAAGUCAGUGUUUUACUUGUAAACAGUAUCAAAAGAUAUCUCAAUUGUGAUCCUCGAUUUAUUCUACGGAUGCUGGAAUCAUUUUUUAAGUUUGUUCUUUUGGAUCCAAAUGUCACAGUUAAUUGGUUUACUAGGCAGCAACUUUUAACAACCCUCUUGCAGACAGCCAGUGCUUUACUUCAAUGUACUGAAACUGAUCACAGCCAUGAAGAAGUUACUGAGAGAAAAGUUCUUGUUGGGGAUAUUAUUGAUUUAUUGACAUCUCUUGUUCCCUGCUAUCAGAUUGAUGACAAAUCUCUCAGUCAUACAACUUUUCUUGUGCACAGUCUGACAAACUGGUUACUUGAACAUAGAAAUUCUUUCCCUGGUGGUACUAGCCAUUUGGAGCUGAUGGUGAAUCAUUUGUUUUCUUUGUGUUGCGAGAGUCUGUCUUUUGGCUCUGACAUGACAUCAUCCAUCCUCUUAUUGCAAACAAUUCAACAUCAUUGUCCACAGGCCUUCUUGCAAUUAUACAUCUUACCAACCUUGAGCAAGCUUCUUCUGGAUUCACUGGGAGACUGUUACAUUCAUAUUCUUCAGCUCUGUUUGUCAACAGUGCAAACUCAAUUAAAACAUUUCAAGCCUGACUGCCUGUUUCUCCCCGUCAGUCAUUUAUUUCUUGUGCAACCAAUACUUCAAAUUAUAACAUCACCUCCCAGGCAGACAUUCAGCAUAAGGAUGCAGGGUGGCACUGUGCAUUCUUUACACUGUAAAGCUCUCAAGAUCUUAGGAUUUGUGGAAAACAAUGUUAUUCCCCUAAUUGAGGAAAACCAAACUAAGACUAUUGGGAAUACUCAUCAGCACUAUGCUUCAGCUCUGAGUUUGUGUAUCAGACAGAUGACAGCCUGUGCUGAAGAAAUGAUCAUCUUAAUUAGAAACACCAAAUCUACAAAGCACUGGCUGAGCAAUUUACAGAAGUCAAUAGCUUCACACCGUCGCCUGCUAAGUCAUGUUCCUUUGAUGUUGUCUGCAUUGUUGGUGACUUCACAAGGAUCUCUUGCUAUGGAAGUCUUAGAAGUUAUCCCAAUUUUAGCAAAGGCAGAUCCAUCACAGGCUGUUACUUUUCUGCCAUUAAUACUCUAUAAACUUAGUAAAGAAGUUGAUCCUGAAGUGAAACAGUAUGCUCUGUACACUAUACCACAACUUGCCACUCACAAGUUUUGUAUAGGUCCUGUGUUACGCACGAUUCAGACAAUAGGAAAGUGUCCUCUUCUUAAGCCUGUUUCUCUGAGACUGAUUUGCAAGUUGUGGCAGUCAAAUAACCGAGUGUUUCCGCACCUUCAGAAAGCACUGAGUUCAGUAGUUGACUCCAAUUUGGGAGCUGAAUUGGAUUUGGAGAUUAAGAUUGCUCAAGCAGCUUGUUUAUUAGACAUCUGCAAGCUUAGGCCCUCUCAGCACGGUGAAGAUCUACUUGGUUUGCUGUCCAAAUUGCUUGAUGAGAAUACAAAGCCAGGCGAGACUAAAAACACUCCCUCUGCAUUAGUGGUAUCAUUAGCACUGCAAGCCCUGGAACAGCUUUGUAAAGCUGAGGUUGUCGAUCUAUGCACUGCGUGGAAAGUCCUUUCCGUGAAGCUUGGCAUGGACAGACGGCCCCAAGUUCUGUGCAGUAUUUGUCAGUUGUUCAGAAUUGUAUCCGACCUGGUCUCUAACUCUUCAGCUUAUCUGGAUUUUAAGAAUGAAGUACUUACCUUUCUAUGGUCGUUAACGCAGCAUGAGGAGUCGCCUGUCGCUCAUGCUGCUUUCACGACUUUGUCAAUAUUUCAUCCAUCUGAUUUCAAGCUGAUUCAUCUUCCUCCAAAGAUCUACCUUCCACUGAAAGAAGAAUUGCUGGCGUCUAAGAAAAAACUUGAUGGCAACGUGGAUGAAGAGUAUGAUGAAGCCGCUGUACACCAAUCCAUUGAUAACUCAAUGCCCCCUGGGACUGCUUAUGUUGAGCUUCUGCAGAUGGUCAAACAAGAUGAACUCCAAGGCUACCAGAAGCUAUUGACCAACAUGAUCAAAGUGGAAGCUGAAUCUAUGCCACGGGGUUUGGGUCACACUUCAUCAUCACAUGAGAGGAAUUUGCGAUCCAUCCCAAAAUUUUUGACGUCACAAUAUGAGAAGUCGAAAUCACCUGGAUUGAACCAAGGACUUGCAGCUGGAAUGCUGUUUAGUUUCGAACCUCCUUUUGAACAACACGAAGGGAAACGGGCCAGAAAAUAUAUGGUUGAUUGUGCUCGUACAUACAGACAGAUGUUAGAUUCACUACUUCACGAAGUACCAGUGCAGCCGACUGAAUGGCACAGAACAUUACUGCUGCCUCAAGCGUGGUUUUCCUUCAUGAAUCGCGCUUACAAGGCUUGUGUGGAGGGUCGUAAAGCUGAGCUUGAGAUGCAACAUAGUCAUGGUCACAUUCAAGAUACCGAAGAACUAAAAAUAAGACAGUCCAAUUGCUGGCUUUGGGUAAGAGAUCAGAUCACUAAACAACUCAGAACAGUAUCAAGAGGUAACCCGUCUGUGCAAGGUAAUUCAGUGCUUGCUUUAGUAGGGCUUGCGCGGGCUGUAUCGAUGAUUGUACGUCAGCAGACUUCUUCAGAGACCACAGAACAGUAUCAGUGGAACAACGAAUGGCUGAGCGAGGUGGCUGACACAGUAAUGGUGGUGUUGGAUGGUAAUUAUAAGCCAAAGGGUCCUACUCUGGUUUGGUGUCAGCAGGUGUCUUCAUCCAGCUCCACUGCCAGUUCGUUGUUAGCUCGCUCAUGUGCUGCGUUAUCCUUGUCACUUUUGGUUCCUUGUCUUGUCGUUCUUGACACUGACAGAAUUCACGACAUCACUGUACUGCUGAAGCAAAGGAUUCCAGGACAAUCCAAAUCAGGUAGCUCAGCUUCGUUACAGAUGUCUUGUUCUGUAGGACUUGGAUUGUUGCUCAGCAAGCUCCAUGAAGAGCAUUUCAGUGACGCCUACGGUAAAGAGGGCUAUCCACUGAUGUCUACAGCUUUAGAUGUCUUGGAGGAGACUGCUUUUUCAUAUGACUUGGAUAACACGGAAGGCGCGUGUCUCGGUUUUGGACUCGUUGUGUCCUCUUUGUGUAAAGAGGGUCUUGCUGACUCCAGGGAUCACGUCACAAAUCUUUAUCACAAACUUGUUGACAGGCUAAAUGAGCAAUGCAAAGACCCUGGUCAAAAACUUCAGUGCCUGUCUUUUAGUGUGGCUUGUGUUUGUGUGUAUGCGUUCCACACCGGCCUGCUGUCUGCCGAUCAAGCUUUGCAGUGCAUUGAUAACAUUCAAACGUUGUCAAGCAAACACCCAGAGGUUUGCGGUAUUUCUUUAUCUCUCGGGUUGCUUCUUCAUGGACUUAUAUCUUGUGGUCAUGGUGGAGCCAUUGAGUUGGCCAGACAAGCUGGCAAUGAUUGGCGAAGUGUUCUUGAAAAUAAGGAUGUUUUUGAGCGACGGCAACUGUCAGCUGUGAACGGAAUCGUAGCUCUACUUGGUUCUGAGCAGGGGUUGUUUACCAUGGAUUCUUCUACUUCUGACGUCGUGUUUUCUAAAGAUGGAGGAAGCGUCAUUAAAUAUCUCCAAAAGCUUGUCUCAUCGCCGGAAGAUUUGGGUCUCAGUUUUAAUACAGCCUGGCUUCUUGGUCAUCUGUACAACGCAGUUACUUCCAGUUCAAUCAGUAAUACAAGUGCUCCGUUAAAUUACAGUUACCUGUCAGAGGGGAGUAUUUUGCGACUGCUCUUUGAUUUUCUUGGCCAGGCUGGGAAGAUAGGUCCUCAUUUGAACUUCGGUGAAGGAAGAGUACCCGCAGUGUUAGAAUCACUGGUCAGCGUCUCCCAUGUGGCACUGCCACCAGUGAAUUGGUUGUCAGUACUAGGACCAAUCAUGACAGCCAAUUUUGGGGAGGAUACAAGAAAAUUGUGUAUCAGGCUUGCAGUCAAUCAAGCCCAGUCCUCCUCUACUCUGUCCUCGUUCUUGUCGUCUCUGCUGAGUAGUGUGUCGUUUAUGGGCCUGGGGGAUCUGUCCAAAAGAGAGCUGCUGAAGAAUUUGUCAAGACUGGUUUAUGUCAUUUCUUCCUCCAAGAUGAAAGAGUUCUAUGAGGAAGGGUUAACAGAGCUAUGGAGAAAAAGCACGGACUGUACCCUGAGAUCGACCAUUUUGGAAGCUUACCUUUCAGUCCUUUGUUUAAAAGAACCACCUGCGUCUGUCGUUGGAUGGACCAUAACGGCCCUUGAGCGCAUGUUUAAUGCCCUUGGUGCAGAGAAGAGUGAGAGUGAGUGUUUGAGGUUGUUUUCUCGCUGUUUUGCACUGAUCCCUAUUGAAAACGUGGAACGCAUUUUGCCGAACACACAAGUUACAAACACCAAAGAUUUCAUUCUGCGUUGUUACGCGGUUCAAGAUGGUAUAGCUCCGGUGAAGUGGCUUGCUCCAUGUAUUGACUUUAUUUUAAAUACUGAUCUCAUUGGAAAAAGGAACAAGGAAUUGUUUUGCAGUGUUGUCCCUCUUAUAAUUGAUUCUUGCACCAAAAUGAAGUAUGACGAGAGACAGCAUUGGUUUGUGGAACUGAUUGGUCAGUUUCAAAAUGCAGUUCAGCUUUCUUCGGAAACUUCGUCACAUCAGACCUUGAUGAAUUCUUUUACGUUAUUGUCACUUGUGUCUGCUGCAUGGUGUGACUUGCCUAUACUUCAAGGCCUCGAAUUACCCGUUUCGACUUGCCCACCCGUUGAUGUGGAAUGUUAUUACUCAAUUGAAAGGUUUCCAUGGCUACUUCCUCUAACAUUGUCGAAUUUGUUGGGGAAGGAGCCCUGGAAGCAAAUCGCGGAAAAGGUAAUAGACUGGCUGUUAUCCUUAAGAGGGGAUCCUAGGCUGAAAACCGCUAAUGUACACUACAUGCUUAUACAAGAUACACUUAUUUCGUUGCGGGAGACAGACGCAUAUAGAAAACCAGCCGUGUGGACUAAAUUAGUUGCUAAACUCCACCGUAAAUAAAUAAAGGAGGACUAGGCCAGGGAUAUCUUGGAGCUUUAUGGUCCAUUUGUUGAUACACAUUGAGAAGCUGCUUUAAUUUCAUCAGCAUUGAUUGAAUGCCACUGUCUCGAUCAUGGUUGCGAUCAAAGGCAGCAGCAAUAUGAG